AUGUCCGACGCUGGCACUUCGACUCCCAUGCCCGGCGGUGCGGGCGCAGCGACGGCGCGGCAGAAACGGGUGCGGGGAGCGGUCGACCUCAACAACAUCGUCGAUGGAGAGCGGACGCGGCGGCGCACGAGCAACGCGUUGGACUUCCGCUCAGGGAGGUCAGGGUCGCCCAAUCCCGCCAAUGUGCCCGCAACCGAUGCAGAGGGCUUCAAGCGCGUGCAGGAGCAAGGGAUAGAGCUGUACGACCGGAUGAUGGCGCAGAAGGACCCGCACGACUCGUCGAGGCCGCUGUACUACGCCUUUGCAGAACUGCCAAGUCCGCAGGACUACCCCGACUACUACCGCAUGAUCAAGAAGCCGAUCUCGUACGCCGAAAUCAAGGAGAAGCUGGACCAGAUGGGAUACACCUGCCUGAGCGAGAUUCGAAACGACUUCAAUCAGAUGUACGUCAACGCCAAACGGUACAACGCGCCGGGCUCGCCGCUCUUCCUCGACGCGAAGCGGCAACACAAACUGCUGAAGGACACGUACGCCGUCAUGACGGGCGAGGACAAGGACGACGAGGAGACUGGACGAGCUGGAUCUGUUGGGCCGAACUCGGACCCGACGUACGGUGAGGGGAGCUCGAGGAGAAGCGGCAGGAAGAGGGAAGACGGAGGCCGCGGCGGAGGCGGAGGCGGCGGAGGAGGAGGCGGGGACAAGCAGAAAGGCAUUGCGAUGAAGACGUGGUUGCUCAAGAAGCUGGACGAGACGAUGGCGCCAGUCGACAUGAACGGCCGACCGUACGCCGACAACUUCAUGACGCUUCCCGACCGCGACGCCUGGCCGGAUUACUACCAAGUCAUCCCCCGGCCCGUCUCGUUCGAAGUCGUCCGCUCGCGCCUCAACAAGCGUUCGUAUCACGGCGUUCAGCACUUUGUCGACGACGUCAACAUGAUCUUCUCGAACGCCAUGUUCUACAACGAGGAGGGCUCGCGGAUUUGGAAGGACGCGCUGUUCCUCCAGCAACACUUCGCUGAGGUUAUGUCGGAGCAGCCGCCGAGCUUCACCCUCUUGCGCAAGCGCCAGGUCGACCAGGACAUUCCAACGACGACGCCUCAACCGCCUCAGCCGCCUGCUCGCCGACGGAGACAGAGCUCGGCAAUCCCGACGGCGACCAUGUCGCCCGAGACUGGCAACGAACAGGCGUACGAGCAGGACGAGGACGAAGAGAUGGACGACGACGAGAGUCGUCAGGGUUCGGUGGCACCCGUCGGUAUCGUCGAUCCGCUUCGGCCAAAGGUCGAGGAUACCCCGCUGGCGGACCCGUACGCGUUACCCGGCAUACCCGUCAACGCGCCUUCAGCGCCCGCCUAUCCGCCGCAAGGCAGCCCGACCUUGCCAACCGGUCUUCCCGCCCUACCCAGCUUCAACGCGACGGCCAACUCGCUGAUGGGUUUCGCAUCGUCCUCGUCCGGCAUCUUCGGCGCACACGAUGUUGCGAUGGCAAGUCCAGCGAGCUACGGCGCGAACGGUCAUCCUUCGCCAGCCGCCUCAAACAGCACCCUUGCUCCCGUCUCGCGCCUCGUCGCGCGCGCCCCCCUCGCCGGCGAAGUCCCCCUCGUCUCCCGCUUCGAAGUCACCCUCGUCUCCUCAUCGCCGUCGAAGCAAUCUACUCGCAAGACCGUCACCCUCGACAACUCCUCCGUCCGGCAACACUCGCUGGCUGUGCCAUUUUCGACCGAGCGAGUCGAGCUCGCGCCCGUCUUCCGCCGCUCGCCUGGCGCGCCUGCUUCGCCAAAAAGCAAGGGCAAGGGCAAAGCUGUCGAGAACGGAUCGGGACUAGAUGCCAACGGCUACGAGCCCACACCGCAAGUGACGGUGACCGCACGUCCAUCCGGCGCGACCGUCUCGCCCGUCGUGGAUCUCCCAGCCGCACCCAUCGCAGGCGAUCUCUCCGUCCAGCCUUCCGCCUCGUCCGCGACUCGAUAUGCGCUCGUACCGCGCAAGGGGCUGAACGUCGUCGAGGUCGUUGCGCGACCGGCUGUGGCGAUUGCAGGCGAAGAAGGCGGGGAGGAGGUGUACAGGCUGUUUGUGACGAAGUGA